AUGUGUCAUUUAAUGGAGGGCAGUAGAUAUAUCUUUUUUUCAAAUGGAGGGUGUCUAUUUGAGCCCAGGAACCACUUGAGGGCAGUGUGUGUGUGUGUGUGUGUGUUCAUAUUAUUUUUAUUAUUUUUAGGUGAAUGGACUUCACCGACAGUCACUGGAGACAGACCACCUCCUAUUAAUGACUUCACUUUAACAUCAAUAAUUAAUACCACUGCUAUAUUGUUUGGUGGUUAUGAUGGUGAUAGAAAGAGUAAUGAUGUAUAUGUAUUUGAGUUUACUGAUACAUCAGUGAAAUGUACAAAUUUUUCUAAUCCUGGAGGAUCAGUACUAUGGUCUAAGGAGAGAUUGGGUCAUUCUAGUGUAUUGAUCAACUGUAGCUCAGGACCACACUUACUAGUUGUGGGUGGAACUGGUGGCGGAAGUAAUACUAAUGACUGUUGGUUGUUAAACAUAAACAAAAUGGAAUGGAAAGAACUGACUAAUAUACCAGACAGUGUCACUAAUAGAGUUUCUCAUUCUCUCUCAGUUUGGAAUGUGACACAGACCACUCAUUGGAUAAUUGAGUUUGGAGGAGAGAGGAAAGGUGGUUCAAGAAUCAGUGAUACAAGAUUUAUUGAAAUCAUAUCUAGUACUGGUGAUUUGGUAGUACAGUCAGUACUGGACAUUAAUGAAUAUCAGAAGAGAAGAAUACAAGGUAUUAGCCAAACAUCAGCUAAUGAUAUUCCUAACCAUCUAUUGUUUUGA